GCCACAGACCAACAGUCCAGUAUCAAUGGACACCUCAAGCCACGUGUGCCAAAUGAACGGGUCGUUCAAUAUACAGAUGCAUUAUUUCAGGAGGCUGCAACUCAGUGGCUGAUUGACACAGACCAGCCCAUAUCAGCCCUCGAACAUCCCACUUUUAAGAACAUGAUCAACAUUGCAGGUUGUGCUACAAAUAGUGUCAUCCUACCUGACCACAGACAGACACAGCAUGCAAUAAUUGACUUGUUUAAACAGAAUAUCACAAACCUUCGCAAGAGACUACUGGUAUGUGUCUUGUUCUGGUUGAUUUUUACUUUUACUUGA